UGUUCUUUUGUUUAUAUUUCACAACCGAGUUAAAAUUUAUACUUGCAAUCCUCGAAAUUAUCAAUAGAACUACUUAAAUAAUGGCUGACACAAUGAUCAAUCCGGUAAUAACUCGACAAAUGGUGCAUGUCCUGCCAAGUGUAAUAGCCGAUAGGAUAACACUGCCCGAUAUCAUUGACGAUGCCAUCAAAACACCAACGGAAGCUAUUAAUUCCGAUGAAAAAUCGGCUGAGGCUGAGGAGGAAGCUAGUGCAGACGAAUCGGAAAUGGAUUCUGAACUCGAAAAGGAGGAGCAGUCUGAGGAGCCCAAAGAAGAGGAAGUUAGGUACGCGUGGAAUGCACCCUGCAUGAUGGUUAUUUUCGAGGAUGGCGAUCUCAAUUGUGCCCUGCAUCAUCUAGUCGAAUCCCUACAGGAUCCCUUUGCUUUGGAUGCGGUAGGCGUGAUUUUGGUCCAAGAAUCUCUAGUCGAAGAAAUGGAAAAACGAGUUCAAAUGCUGAUGAAACCCUUGGACGCCCGGGUGGCCAAUCAUCCGUGCUACAAGCGCACUCUGCUAAAGAUUGCCGAACUUAGGCCGAAAACUAUAAUAGGACCUGCAGAUCGUGUGCUGCCCGAUGCCACGCCCAUGUUGGUGCGGGACAUACCGCAAAAAUUUCUGGGCGAAGGACCCACUGGCAUUAUAACCAUGCACAUUUUUCGUACGCCCUACGAAGCCACUCAGAUAUAUAGAAAAGAAUAUCCCCUGCCAAUCGCAUCGGUUAGUAUUUGGAAUGAGCGGGUUUCCAGUGUUUAUGAUGUGAUUGGCAUGAUGAACCUACUCGAUACCUUUAAGGUCAACUGUUUUACGGUCGAUAUGGAGCCCAUUAAACGGGCAUUCGAGCUGAGGAAGUAUAGUGCUUGUGUGCAUCGGGGUUAUCACUAUGAAACGCUGCCCAUGAAUGGCGAGAGAAAGAUUAUCAUAUACCCAGUUGGAACUAUAUUUGGCAAUUGAACUGAAAGCUAGACAAGUAAAAUAAUAUGCAAAGAAGUAUUUGCACUUACCAUUAUUUCAAUCUCAUCUCAAAUUGAAUGGUAUGCUUACCAAUUAGGAAACCAUUCAACCGGUAUGGUGAUGUGCCAGUAUCUAAUGCAUGCGAUCUAAUUCAAUGGGCCGGGGCUUUCAACAACUAUUUACACACAGAAAGCCCGUUGAGAACAUUCAACUCGCACUUUUCGUUCGCUAAUCUAAAUUAAUGCCUCUCACGGCGAAUCGGAAUAGGCUGUGCAGCGAUGUUUUAUCAUUCAAUUAAAAAAAAAGGGAGGAAAGCAGCGGAAAACGCGUGCAUGGGAAAUGCGCGAAAUAAACCAGAGGAUUUUCGCACAUUUACCCCUACGUAAAAAUGGUGGGCGGAGGAGUGGAAGCAAUUUGCACCACCCCCCGGACGGAAUAAUGAAGUGUUUAGUUGAUUAUCUAAACGCACGGCGCCGUAUCCGGAAUCCGGAUCCGGGAGCACCAGGCCUAGUAGUGGUGGAAU